AUGUCCUUCACGAUUGAGUUGGUCGGAGACGAAAUCGGCGGUGGCGGCUCGCUGCCUGAUUGGGAGCCGAACAGCAGCUUCAGGUUCAUCUACGUUUGGAUAUGCAGUAAGGAUCAGAUCUUGAUCGCGGAAGUGGUCGGUGACGGCAGUAACAAUGGCACUCUCACUGCCACGUACCAGAGCGAUUUCCCCGGGGACUACCUGGUGCACGUCGAGGAAGUCCAACCGUCCAAACGGGGUGAGGGUCUUCCUAUCGUGGGAAGCCCUUUCUCUCUCACGAUUACAGGCGAUGGUCCAACGCUGGACGUAGACUCCCUACCAGUUUGUGGAUCCCAAGACGAUGGCAGCAACGAUAUCGCGGAUACAUUUUGGAGGCCCGGGACAUGGCUAUCCUCGAACGUGGCUAGUGCUGCGCACGGAGUGAUGAGAAAUGGCUGGGUGUUUCAGCCCAAAUCUUGUGUUUUCGACACAUUCUCUUAUCAAGAUCUCAUGCUCCUGGCCAGCCUCGACGGCGAGCCAACGUGGCUUGUGGUCGUGGGUGGAUCGGUCCAAAGAGGCGUGUUUCUUACGCUUGUGGACAUGGCGUUAGCGGCAGGACAAAAGGACGACAUGGCGACAAGUGUCCUCCAGAAGUGCUGGGGAUACGCCGACCUCCGGGUUGGGAACCUCCGUCUGACGUACCAGGACAUGCGGCUGUAUCAAGUAUCCGGAAAGACCGAUUCGGUGGUCUGUAACAACGAAAAGCUCACCAGCGGGAGCACGGCUGCCUUCGUUCACUCCGCCAAGGAGUUCCUGGCGUCGACCGCUUUUCGAGACGGUACCCAGUGGCCGGCGACGAUUUUGGCACCGUCAUACUUGGUCCCCGAAAACAAUGUCAACCAAAUGAUUGAGGCGUACAUCAGGCCUGCGUCGUGCGCGCAUGCGCAGGUGCUCAUGGAUUCAUUGCCGCCAAGCUGGGAAGGAAAACUCCUGUUCGUGGAUCACAUGGCUGGAUUUAGGAUACACUGGACCCAAGGAAAUCCAACCAGGACUGCCCUCAUGGACGUGAGAAUAACGGCCACAGGCAGAACGCCAACCGACGACUUUGCACUCCGGAAAAUGGACGGAUAUCAAACCCAAGACCCUCGCGUAUCGUUCAUAAGCGCAUUCCCUGUGAGUUUCGCGGAGCGAAACCUCUUCGAGAACGAGCGAUCGAGACAAGGGAUUCGACAUUACGGGGCAAGUAUACACUAUCACUACGUGUCUUCCACAACGUCCGACCCCGAAGCGCACAACGGGACAACCAUGGUGCACUCCACGAUGACAGAGAUGCUGGCUAACGUGAGUCGACGGCGAGUGCUCACUGGGACGAAAGCAGUUUCUCCAAGGCAUUUUUUUGUGGUAUCCGGUUUUCGAGACCAACAGAGAAAGGCUGGAAUAGAGGGUGAGAUGCUUCUUGUGUCCAAACGGACUUGUUGGGAUCGUCUACAAUGCCCCUGCACGGCAGAGCCUAAACCACCGGACGCUCCGUUCGUCUUUUGUCGGGCUACAUUCUUGUACAAAUCCUACUCGCAGAUAAUGAUCGGCCGGGCGGUGGAGACAAAGGCGGAACUUCAUGCAAAGGCUGCGGCGUCAACAGAGGGUAGUGAACAACAGAGCGUCGAUGUCGGGAAGUCGUUCCAGGUGUGCUCGGACUGCCCUCGACAGCUGCUGCCGGCCCACGUCAAGCCUAUCCCUGAACCUGUCUGCGAGACCGUGGAGUCCCUGCCUGGCAACGCAGAAACAGGCGAGGUGUGGGAUGGAGAGCUGUGCCCCGAUUGGUGCAUGAAACAGGCGCCGGUGUCUCAAAAAGAGACCCAAUCCGGUCCAGUAGACGUCCGGGAGUGUAGCAUGGAGACUCGCCUGCCGUGA